AUGACACGAAUUCAGUGUUUAAUAUUUGCAAUUAUUCUCUCAGCGGACGCAAUCAACCGUUCCGUCUACAAAAUAGUGCUGAGCCAAAAAGGAUUCGCUCAGUUCCUUCAAUACGAUUUGGAAACACCGCCGAUAAGGGAAUUCACAUUUUGCACUUGGCUACGUUUUUUUGAUCUGUCUGGCGAUCAAAGCGUUUUCACUUAUAUCGCAAACGGUAAUAACCGUGUAGUAAGGCUUUGGCUCGAUUCUGGAGGACGUCAUAUUAAAAUAUCAAUGAAUGGACGAGCUUCGUCGAGUGCACUGGUCGAUAUAAAUAAAAAUACGUGGCGUCACAUAUGUCUAUCCUACCAAUCAGAUUUUGGCGCGUGGGCGCUGUACGUGGAUGGAAGAUUGGCAUCCUGCGAGGCCGCUCAAAGUCUUUAUGGUUUCGUGAUUCCCGGUGGAGGGAGCGUCAUUAUCGGUUACGGUAUCACCGACUCAGGUAUCCCAAGUGGCUUAGAUGGUGAAGUAUUUGGAGCUAACAUGAUACUUUCAUCAACAAUAGAACGAAAUUAUACAAUUAAGAGAAAUCCUGAAUUUCAACAAAAAACAUUUACAAAAAACAAACUAUUAGUUAACAAUAAUAUAAAAUAUAUAGUACUUGGGAAUAUGACUAGGGACAACAUGCAAGAGUCUGCCGAAACAUCGAAUUUUCCUCUUUACAAUACUACUCGAAGUUUUAUAAAAUUUACAACGCCGCAUAGUACAAUAGAACACGAUGUUGGUCUAGAUUUUUCACCGGUAAAAAUUAAAUCGACGGAUACUUCAAAUGAAAAAGAAAUUUUGGACUUUUCGUUAGUGGAUAAAAGUUUUAAGGGUAAUGGUGAUAAGGUUAAAUUUUGGACUCUUAUGAGUCAAACCGGCAAUAGUAAUAAUUUCAAAGGAAGAAAUAGUAAAAAUACGGAGUUAUCUGGUUCUGGAACUCAAGAACUUCCAGCAGUAUAUGAAACACCGCCACCUCCAUCAUCAUUUCAAGGUUUUGUACGUUCACCUGUUAAAAUGAGGAAACCAUUAGUAAUUCCUUAUUUUGAAUUAAAGGAAUACGGCAAAGUAAAUUCUGCAAAGAGUAUUUCUAGCCAAAAUACUUAUGGAGUGUUUGAUAUGGAAAAACCUCCACCACCAGAGAAAAAUGCAAAAGUGUACGGUCAAUGGACAAGUUCACAAUUCGCUAAUAGUGUUUUAAGUUAUAUUAAAAAUUUCAACAAUCAACAAAGAGAACAGAGAAAGAUACCGCCAACAAUCCCAUUAAUUAAACUAUCUGAUUCGUUUCCAUAUGCGUCUGAUUUUAAGUUAACUAAAAUACGUCCACCUUACAAAAUACAAAGAAAAACUAUCAUCGACAAACGUAUUAAUAAACGUGAGGUUAAACAUCCAGAAAUAAAUGUUGAAAUAUUACACGACGAUAUAAGAAGUGAAAUUUUAGAAUCCCAUGCUAAGACUCAAGCUCAAGAUGUUAAAAUAAUUAAUCGUGGUACUAUUAAAAAUAAUAAAGAUCAUAGAAUUUACAGGGAUGUUGAUAACCAAUUGUCGAGCGAGGUACUAAAACCGCGACCAUUCGUUGCUCCUUCGAAAAUAAAUAUAAAUAAAUUCCAAGAUCGGUUAAAUCGUUACAGAAACAGUAAUUUAAUGACUAUACUUCCAUUUUUAAAAUCGACCGAAUACUUUAUAGAUGGAAACAAUAAGAAAACGAGUAGUAGCAACGAUAUAUACACUCGGAGUCUAUCAAAUGCAAAUAAAUGGCACAACGUCAAAUCUUUUAACAAUGAUUAUACACCGCGACAUAUUAAUAUGGAAUCGGAUGAAAAUCUGGUCACUAUUGAUACAAAAGGAGCCCAAGCGAAUAAAAAAUAUCCAUCACUUAGGUUAAAAUAUAUGCCAGAUAAUCAUAAAAUAGUUAAAAGUUUUGACGGAGACCCUAUUUUGAAUGGUCGUACCAUGGCAAUAGAAAUAUCUAAUUUAACAAAUCCUAAUGCAGAUUCGAUUUCCAUAUUAAAAUACAAUCAUGGCUUUCUACCAAGCCACACCAAAAAGUCACCCGACUUAGGUAAAAAUGUUCGAGAUAAAAAUACUUCUACUAAAAAUGACUUCCAUCACAAUGUUAAAAUAGGAAAUGCUCUGAAUGAGCGUUUUAUAAUUGGGAAUAAUGAAGAGCAAAAUCAGCAAAGUUUUAUCGGUGGAGAUGAGAAGAUUCCAGAUAUAAAUAGGUAUAGAUCUGAUUUUGACCGUAAAGGUGAAAAUGUACCUCCCUCCCUCGGACCUAAAAUUUGCAAAAAUGCCGAAUUAUAUGAUCGAUUAUUUUACGUUCAGCCGGACGGUAGUGUUGACGUCACACAAAUACUAUCGCCUAUUAGGGAAAAAAAUGUAGGUAUUGAAUUUAUUGCACAAAAUUAUAAAAAAUGCUCAUUAGAUGAGUCUAUAUUUAAACAAAGCUCCUUGUUAUAUAUUGAUUGGAAUAAAACACCGGUCAGACUUUUCGGAGGUUCAUAUCCCCAGAAAACAAAGGACCUGUGUGGUUUUUUCUAA